AUGCAGCCCCUUCGCGCUCCCCUCGCCCUGCUCUGCCAGGUGCUGGGCGCCUGGGCUGCCUGCGCCCUGGCCCCCGCCGCGGCUGCCGGGCUGCCGGCGCCCCCGCAGCAUGCCCGCUCCUCGCCGGCCCCGACGCCCCUCGCCCCGGGCCGGCGGGCGGCCGCAGCUCUCAGCGAGCGCGGAGUACCUCUCCGCGGGGUCGACGCCGCGGCCGGCGGAGCAGCAGGACCGGGCGGCGACUGCGCGCCCCGAGGGUCGGCCGGGACCGGGCGGCGGCGAGCGCGGAGCAGCGAGCGCGGAACCGGCGCGGCGGCGGCGGGGAGGGGCGCGGAGGGCGGCCCCCGCUGGCUGCCCCUGAACGGCUCCUCUGGCGGCGAGGGCAGCGGCGGGGGCCGCGGCAACACCACGGGACGCCGCGCCCGCGUCCGCAACCCCUUCUACCCGCUGACCGAGGAAUCGUACGGUGCCUACGCCGUCAUGUGCCUCUCCGUGGUAAUCUUCGGCAUCGGCAUCAUGGGCAACAUGGCAGUGAUGUGCAUCGUCUGUCACAACUACUACAUGCGGAGCAUCUCCAACUCCCUGCUAGCCAACCUAGCCUUCUGGGACUUCCUCAUCGUCUUCUUCUGCCUGCCGCUGGUCAUCUUCCAGGAGCUCACCAAGAAGUGGCUCCUAGAAGACUUCUCUUGCAAAAUCGUCCCGUACAUCGAGGUGGCCUCCCUCGGAGUCACCACCUUCACCCUCUGUGCCCUCUGCAUCGACCGAUUCCGCGCUGCCACCAACGUGCAGAUGUAUUACGAGAUGAUUGAGAACUGCACCUCGACGACAGCCAAGCUGGCUGUUAUCUGGGUGGGUGCCCUGCUCCUGGCCCUGCCUGAGGUGGUGCUGCGCCAGCUGGCCAGGGAGGACCCAGAGUACAGCGGCAGCCCCCCCGGGGAGCGCUGCGUGGUGAAGAUCUCCACCGCCCUUCCCGACACCAUCUACGUCUUGGCUCUGACUUACGACGGGGCGAGGCUCUGGUGGUACUUUGGCUGCUACUUCUGCUUGCCAACUCUUUUCACUAUUACCUGCUCCCUGGUGACCGCGAGGAAGAUCAGGAGGGCGGAAAAGGCUUGCACAAGAGGGAACAAGCGACAAAUUCAGCUGGAAAGCCAGAUGAAUUGCACAGUGGUGGCUUUGACCAUUUUGUAUGGGUUUUGCAUCAUUCCUGAAAACAUUUGCAACAUUGUGACUGCCUACAUGUCCACAGGGGUUUCUCGGCAGACUAUGGACCUCCUCCAUCUCAUUAGUCAGUUCCUUUUGUUCUUUAAGUCCUGUGUUACCCCAGUUCUCCUUUUCUGCCUCUGUAAACCUUUCAGCCGGGCCUUUAUGGAGUGUUGCUGUUGCUGCUGUGAUGAAUGCAUCCAGAAGUCUUCAACAGUGACAAGUGAUGACAAUGACAAUGAGUACACCACAGAACUGGAGCUCUCCCCUUUCAGUACCAUCCGUCGUGAAAUGUCCACUUUUGCCUCUGUGGGGACUCACUGUUAAUUGACGUUAGGACCUUAUUUACUGUAUCUUUUCCCUGUUUUGUUUUUUUUCUUUUUUUUUUUUCCUUUUUCUUUUUUCCUUUUUCUUUUACUUUUUUUUUCUUUUCUUUCUUUUUUUUUCUUUUCUUUUUUUUUUUUUUUUUUUUUUUUUUUUUUUUUUUUUUUUUUUCCACAUUAUAAUUUUUUUUUUGAAACAAAAUGCAAGAAAAAAAAAUAUUAUUGAUAAGCAGUCUGCAUAUUAACAGCCGUGCUUUGGAAAAUAAAUUGUUUGGUAAUGGAAAUGAAAGUGAAGGACAGACCGCACUCAGUUCUAAAUCCUAAUAUUUUGUAUGGUGCUAGGAUUUUAUUGUUUGUGGAGGAGAAUCUGUAUCAAUCCACUUUUAUUUAAUUCCAUAGCAGUUUUUUGAUAAUCACUGUAAAAUGAUUACAUAGACAUUGUGGGUUUUGAAGGUGUUUCCUGUAAAAGAUGUGAUGGAAAGUAUUUGAAGGUAGAUUUAAUCUAAUUACUGUGCAUUAUUGUGAGAGGACUUGGACUUCAGAAAAUUUAUAAAGUAGCAUAAAAAUAAAUGAGAUUUUAUUCUUUAACUUCAUGGUCAUUUGCAUUUAACAAGGAUACCUCUAAGUAGUAUUAAAUUCCUUUAAUAAGUUUAAAAACAUUUUUGCUUUGCAUAAUAUAAGUGGCUAUAUUUAAUUUACCAUUUGUGUACUUACCCUUGGAGGCUAUAAUAACAGUAUUUAAGGAAGAUGGUUAUAAUGGUAUUAGAUUUACAUGAGUGGGUUUUUUUUUAAUGUAUAUUACAAAAGUUCAAUGUGCCUCAUUGAAAAUGUCCUUCUUAACCUGCAGUUAUAUAAAACUUGAGUUAUUUUGUACUUAUUACAAAGAAAGAUUUAGUUUCUCACUAAAUUUUGUCUUGUGUGAUUUCAAAAUCCAGUUUCUCUUCAAUUUGCUGUUGGUUUUGCAUUGAGAUCGUGUUCAGUCAUUGUAGGUAUAUCCCCUACUGGUUUCAGUGACAGUUCCAUUGCAGAGGAAGAUAUUCUUUAGCCAGAGGUUUGCUGACAAUAAACGUGAGGGACUGAAACAU